AUGUGUCGUGAAUUAACAAUUUCCAGCGACGUUCCAGCUCCCAAGCUGACUAAAGCCCUCAAGACGGGUAAGCUAACUUCGUAUGAGGAAGCGCUGAAGGCACGCAAGGCAGGUCGUGGUGUUAGACUUGAUAUCACACCAUUCAAAUUUGUAAAAGAUUCAGGACUACUUAGCAAGGGGCUGGAUGCCGCCGUACCAGCUCUUGCGACAGCGUUUGGAGCCCCUCAAGCAGGAAUCAUCGCAAGAGCAGCUAUUAAGUCAUUGACAGGGGUUGGAGUAUAUGACUCUGCCAGCGAUGUAGAGAAAGAAGGUGGCCGUAUUGGGGUGUUUUAA